GGAUACCCUUGGGCAGAAUAAGAAAUCCAAAGUGGCAAAUGCUCAGGAAAAGCAUGGUUCGCUUAAAUGGCUUAUUUUAGUUAAGCGACAGAGAAAGAAUAGGGCAGUGAUUACAAAGAGGAUGAGGGUGGAGCAGACGCUAUGGGGUAAUUUACCGCUACUGGUCCGUUCGAAUUCGAAGGACUCUGUGGAAUACAUUCUUCAAGCUCUAUGGCGGACUCGAAAAACGGGUCUUGACCCGUCCGACCGCAUCAUUAUCCGCGAUAUGCUCCAGCUCCAGAACGACUCCGACCUCGACCCGCUUUUGGUUUGCCUUAGGAUGUUGAUAAGGAGGUGUGUAUACGAGAAUAUAAACAGGGAUGAGAUACAAAACCUUUUUCCAGACGAAGUCUUGCCCGAAUUGCAGAGAUUAUUGACGCUUUUGUUGCAGAAGUUUCAGAGAGAAUGGCGGGAAGAUGCAAUGAAAGACCAGGACAAGGACAAGCUUCAGGUUGGUUUGCCUCGGUUGAAGGAGAUGACAUGGAGUAUGACUAAUCAGGAUGAAGAAUUGACUGACCCAGUUGCUGUUAUCAACUUGAAGCUCCAGAAUGAUGGAGCUUCUCAAUCAAAAGAAUUGGACGUGAAGUUCCAGCUAGCCAAAGAUACUCUAGAAACUAUGCUCAAAUCUAUGUACUGUAUAAGAGACCAAUUGUCUAACACUGAUGGGGCGUCAAAUGGGCAAUAAUCCGGCCAUUGCAAUUUCGUGUAGCUUGCCUUUGGAAGAAUGGGCGCACUCGUAGUUAUGUUUUUUGCAUGUUGUACUACUUGGGAAGAUUAUUGGAAAGAAAUAUGUCAAUAAAAGAUACAUAGAUGUGAUUUGAGUAGAAUGCAUGUACUUUAACUAUACUGUGUCUGGAAGACGCUAACAGAUUCAUUAUCCUCUGGCUUUUGAAAAGCAAGAGAUUGAGAUGAAAUUCGAAUUCUAUCCACUAGGAAUUGAGUAGUGACCACUAAACAUUAAUACUUGUCAGGUGCAGGUCCAUUUAGUUUCUUAGUAUAGGUGGUGAACUUGUUUGAAUUACUCCUGCUGUAUCUUAAGAAUAACGUGACAUUUUUCGAUCGACUAGUAAGGUACUAAGUAUAGGUCUGCUUUGA